CCUUUACUUUUUUACUAUAAAUAAGAGUAACAUAUUGAAAAACAAGUCAGAAAAGCAAAGAGAAGAGAAAGAAGAGUAAAUAAAGGAAGAGCCAGAGAAAAAGGAAACCUGUGAGAACAUUCCUGAACAGUUUGGGUUGAAGCCUCGUGAAACAGGUGACCAUGACAUCCGCUGAGUCCAUGCAGGCCCCUGUAUGUCUGAUAGAAAACGACAAUGCAGAGCUGAUAGUAAACCAGGAAGCCCUGCAGAUUCUUACUUCCAUCACCAAGCCUGUGGUGGUGGUAGCUAUUGUUGGCCUGUAUCGUACUGGAAAAUCCUACCUGAUGAACAGACUAGCGGGAAAGAACAAUGGCUUCUCCCUUGGCUCAACCGUGCAGUCUCACACAAAGGGCAUCUGGAUGUGGUGUGUUCCUCAUCCCAGGAGAUCUGACCAUAUCUUAGUCCUGCUUGAUACUGAGGGCCUUGGAGAUGUGGAAAAGGGUGACUCCAAGAAUGAUUCCUGGAUCUUUGCCCUGGCCAUCCUACUCAGCAGCACUUUUGUCUACAAUAGUAUGAACACUAUCAACCACCAAGCCUUGGAACAGAUGCAAUAUGUGACAGAGCUGACCGAUCUAAUCAAGGUCAAAUCUUCAUCUAAACUUGUUGGAGAAGAUUCAGGAGAUUUUGUGGGCUUCUUCCCAGAUUUUGUGUGGACUGUGCGGGAUUUUACCCUGGAGCUUAAGCUAGAUGGACAACCCAUCACCUCAGAUGAUUACCUGGAAAAUGCCUUGAAACUCAGUGAAGGCAAACACCUAAGAGUUCAAAUUGCCAAUCUUCCACAAGAGUGCAUCAGAAAAUUUUUUCCAAAACGGAAGUGCUUUACUUUUGACCGUCCAACAAAUGAUAAGUCACUCUUAGCUCGGCUUGAAGAGGUCCAUGACAGUCAGCUGGAGCCCGUUUUCAAGAACCAAGCAAAUGCUUUCUGCUCUUACAUAUUUUCCAAUGCAAACCCCAAAACCCUUAGUGGGGGAAUCAUGAUCAAUGGAAAUCGGUUGGGAAUGCUGCUGGAGACCUAUGUGAAAACCAUCUCUAGUGGGGACAUUCCCUGUCUGGAGAAUGCAGUGCUGGCGUUGGCUGAAACUGAAAAUUCAGCUGCUGUGCAAAAAGCUACUGACCAUUAUUUGCAACAGAUGGCCCUCAAGGUACAAUUCCCCACAGAAACUCUCGAGGACCUGUUAAACCUACAUACAGACUGUGAGAAAGAAGCCAUCUCAGUUUUCAUGAAGCAUUCUUUCAAGGAUGAUACACACAAGUUCCAGGAGAAACUGGUGGUAUGUUCUCUCAGCUAUUUGUCCUUCCUCUUAUCUCUCUUUCCUGAUUAA